AUGCCUGGCAACAGAGAGCGCCAAGGGAAUGGGACUAGCCUGUGCGCCAACGGAUUGGCCCAGCAGAGAGGUGCACGUCUGACUGACUGUCAGCUGGCUAGAGAUCGUGUGUGUGGGUGGGUAGCCCUUCAACCCAAUUGCAGUUGUCAGGGAAAGGGAGUGCUUGUACUGAAAGAUCACCUUCCAAAAGACCAGUAUGAUGACAUAGUCAAACGAAGAGCUGAGGAGUACAGGAAGCAUCAUAUCAGGACAAGCUCCAGUCUGAACAGGCUUAUCUUUGCUCCAUCCAACUCCCCUCUUCAGUAUCCAAUCCAGGGGUUCACUGUUGUCCCUCUUCAGAAGACAUUGAUACCAGGUUUAGCUCUCCAUGCAGCAAAAAUACAAAAUUACAAGGUUACUCUGAGUGUGUCCAGUGGUGUCCUGGCCAUCAAGGCCCUUGGAGAGGGGGACAAAGAGAGACAGGGAGAGAAAGAAAUCACUGUCCAGUCUACCAGCCUAUCUGACCUCAACAAUCUUCUGGGACGAAUUACCUACACCAGCACUGUGUACCGGAUGAGGACUGGAGACCUGGCUCACUUCACGUUUGAACACCAUGAGGCUGUCUUCCCUAUUGUCAUCCAGCAGCCAUCAGUGCCUGUUUUAUAUGACAUAGGAAACGAUAUCAACUCCCGGGUGACCAUCGUCACUAAGACGUUUCUGAGAUACACCGAGCUGCAGGUCCUCAUCAGUAGCAUAAGGACCUAUUACAAGGACAUCAAAAUCAUUAUUGCCGACGACAGCCUGGAGCCACAGAAAGUGAACGGCUCCAACAUUGAGCAGUACAUCAUGCCCCCAGCACAGGGCUGGUUUGCUGGCAGGAACCUGGCUGUCUCUCAGGUCACUACCAAAUACUUAUUCUGGGUUGAUGACGACUUCCUGUUCACAGACAAAACCAAGAUCGAGAAUCUGGUGGAGGUGAUGGAGGCCACACCAGAACUAGACGUGGUGGGCGGCUCUGUGGCGGGCCACGGCCAGUUCUACUUCUCUUUGGUGUACGAGGAGGGUAAUGGUGAGGACGGGGGUUGUCUGAACAGAAAGCGUGGAGUGAAAUACCAACCUGUUCCAGGCUUCCCCAACUGCUCCUUCACCAGCGGGGUGGUCAACCUUUUCCUUGGUCGCACCGACGCCGUGCUCAAAGUGGGCUUUGACCCCCUGCUGAAGAGAGUGGCGCAUUCAGAGUUCUUCAUGGAUGGGUUGGGCAGUUUGCUGGUUGCCAGCUGUAGUCAUGUCAGCGUCGACCACCAACCCAAAAUUAAAAACGCAAAGUACUCAUCGUUCCGAAAACAACAAUCAAAAGACGCAGAAGACAAACUAGCCCGCCACUUCUUCAAGAACCACCUGAAAUGUAUCCGUUAUGGAUAGUUUACAAAGAAGUAAACAGUGAAAAUAGUGGUUCAAUUGUGAGGUGCAAUAAUCCAAAUAUGUCAUCGCGGCAUCCCGUCUGUAGUGGCGCAGUUCUCUUCAAAAAAUGUAAAGCCACAGGUAUCUACAGGAAGCAAAUUAGUAUGAGGCGAAGAAACCAGUAUCUUCUUUUGACAAUUUAGUGAAAAAAUAAAGGUUUUACAGAGUCACAUUUAGAACGGUCUAGAAACUGUGUUGCUCCAGGUACUUUCUCCUCUACUGAGUUAUGUGGUCACAGGAGUGAUGUCACAUGGAUUCAACUAAUGGAGCAUUCUAACAGAGUGUUUUCUAAACAAAAUGGAAUGUUCUCAAUAGAUAUAAAUAUGUUGACAAAUAUGCAGAAAUAUGUGCAGAAAUAAUUAUCUUUCUAGCAAAAUGCUCUUUCUUGCAAUAUGGAUCCUACACGUCUAUUUAAAAUGAUACGGUUACUUGGUGCACCACGAAACGUUUAGAGGAUAUCAAUAUGCCUUUUAUAUCAUGAAAUGUUUAUCUUGAGUCCAACAGUUUGCCUUAAUGACUUAACAACCAACUUGAUCUGUCCCCUUAGUUGCCACACUACUUGUCGGACCAGUUAGAAUGAACACUGUUAUUUCUGUUCAUUUGUUGCAAUGUUUUUUUUAAUUUUUUUUGUCUGUUUCCUCAUCUCCUCUCCUUCAUGACUACUGAUGAGUGAACUGACUGUAUAGAAAUGCAGCUGUUUUAUGGGAAGCACAUAGAGGUAGAUAGAGGACUCCUCUUUUAUAUAUGUGCCAUUAUAUCAUCUGUGACAGCAUGGACAGCUCCAUUGAGGCUACAACCCAUAGGAAUCCCCACUACUUUAAAAUGGCAGAAGCA